AUGCGUGAUCCUGAGGUCGCGCGUUGGUGGAAACGUCGAUUUGACCUCUUCGAGCGUUUCGACGAGGGUGUUCAACUCGACAGGGAAUCGUGGUACAGCGUGACGCCCGAGGAGAUCGCUCGAAGGCAGGCUGAGGUAUGCAGUUGCCAUGUUAUCGUCGAUGGAUACGCUGGCGCCGGUGGCAACUCCAUCCAGUUCGCUCGAACCUGCGGCUUCGUGAUAGGCGUUGACAACUGCAUGGAUCGGCUUGUGAAUGUCCUCGAUUCCAACGCCCGUGUGUAUGGCGUUAGGAGUAAAAUCGACACCAUCUGCGGUGACUUGACCCUCGUUCUCAAUGCCCUCCGAAUGCCACCGGACGACCACAGCCCAAUCGAUACGGUCUUCAUGUCGCCUCCUUGGGGCGGCCCCGACUACAAGGCUCGUGUUCUUCCGCCUGGCGCAGCAAGUUGGAACAAGAAGCGUCGCAAGCUUUGGUUCGAGUCCGCGUCCGACGAGAUCGAACAGUGCUACGAUCUGGAGGGCAGGAUCCCCUUUCUGGCCGGCGCAGUAACCGCCGCGCGGCGUCUGUGCCCCAACCGAGUCGCCGUCUACUUGCCUAGGCAUUGUGCGUUGGGCCAGGUGCUAAAACUUGGCUGGGAGGGCACCGCGGACUGCACCAAGCGGGCAGACGUCACCAUCGAGGACUACUGGCUGCGUGGACGUCGGCUCUCCAUCUGCGCUUACAUCGGUAACUUCCCCAAACUCUCACUGGCUGACGACAGCCACCAGCUGGAGCAUUACGAAGCGCAACAAUGA